AAAUCUAAAAUGUAUGAUAAAUUUUAAGGAACACUUUUUUGUCGGGUGCAGGAGACUAAGCUAAUGCCCACGAUUGGUCUAUAUAUAUCCCUUAAUUAACAAGAAGAAAUGAGAAGAAAAGAAAAAAAAGGGCAACAAAAGAAAACCCUAGUUGCAUUUUAAAACAAUGACGACGAUGAUCUCCAAUCUUCCAAGGGAUUUGAUAGAAGAGAUUUUGUCAAGGGUUCCCUUGAAAUCUAUGAGAGCAGUGCGAUUAACUUGCAAAAAUUGGAACACUUUAUCCAGAACCAUAAGUGAGAGCUUAACGAAGAUGCAAAUUACUAAAUCAACAAGAGCAACAAGAGAAGGGGAAUCUACGAUAAUCAUGUUGAUGAAUUACAAACUUUAUUUAAAGAGUCUCGUUGUCGAUGACAACGUAGAUCCAUAUACAGAGCCUAAAGGUAAACUUACUUGCCUUACUCUUGAGCACCAAGUCAAGAUAUCUCAAGUCUUUCUAUGUGAGGGUUUAUUGUUAUGCAUCUUGAACGACGAUACAAUUACUACUAGGCUUGUGGUUUGGAAUCCGUAUUGGGGGCAAACAAGGCGGAUCAAAACCCGAUAUUCUCACCAUGCAUUCUGCGGAAAGGACAAUACGUACAUGUUCAACUACUCUCUCGGGUACGAGAAUAAGAGUUUUUUUGGUAACGAGAAUAAGAGUUCAUGUCGCAGCCACAAAUUAUUGAGGUUUAUAGAUUAUCAUAGGAAUUACCGCGGCCUACACCAAUUUUUUUGGUAUGAAAUCUACGAUUUUAACUCUGAUUUAUGGACAACUCUUGAUGUCACUCCAUACUGGUUUAUAGCUAUUUCUCAAAGUGGUGUUUCCCUCAUGGGAAACACAUACUGGUGUGCUAGGAUAAGGAGCGGCGGUUAUAGCGAUCACAUUAUUUGUUUUGAUUUUACAAGAGAGAGAUUUGGACCGCUUUUGCCUUUGCCAUUUAGCGUUAGGGAUCAUUCAUGUGUGAUUUUAUCUUGUGUUAGAGAAGAGAAGCUUGCAGUUUUAUUUCAACACCAAAUGUAUUAUAAAUAUGAAGUUGAAAUAUGGAUUACGGUUAAGCUUGAGACCGAAAUGGUGUCGUGGAGCAAGUUCUUGAGAAUAAAUACGGGGCCAAUUAUACACACAAGUUUCUUCAUUGACGAGGAAAAGAAAGUCGCCAUUGGGUUUAAUGACACGCAAACAAUUAACAUCAUUGGAGAGGCUGGAUACUUUAGAGAAUUGGAUCUUGGAGAACAUGCAGAGCCAUACCGUAGGCGAUAUGUGUGGUCUUAUGUUCCAAGUUCGGUCCAAAUUAAGGAACCUGCACGAGGCAACAACAAAAAACAUCAAAGCAGUUCAGAAACACGUCUAUUUGAUCUAAACAUGUUGAGACUUGUCGCAUUUGAGAAGGCAGUAUCCAAAUAACCAAAAUGAGGUAGAUUAGUCUCAAUUUAUUUAUUUUGUAAAACAGAAUAACAAAGAAGUAUAUACUACUUCUUUUCUCAAUUUACAAAGCCUAAUUUAGUGCAAAAGGUUGUCUUAUCAUAUAAUGACUAAAGAAAUAGUUUUGCUGCCGCGUCUCUCUAAGAUGGGUAAGUUCUAAAUCACGCAAAGCGAAACGACCUAUAUUUUCACUAAUCUGAUGUUCCAUUAUAUUUUCUCCAUGUCUUGGAGACACAUUAUCUCCAGUAUGUAUGGCUUGAAAGGCGUUGUAGGAUACCUGGAAGCACAAGAUAAUUUUCCUUUCAUAAUCCAAUGAAUAGUCCUUGAUCAACCUUAGUUUAUUUGGACAAAAAAAAAAUGAUAUCGAAUGGACAUAUUAUCGAAAGCCUAUGGAUUUGUGAACCUAUACAUUUAAAAAAAAAUCAAAUCAAAGUUGGCCAACUCUCUCCAUAUGAAUGACAAAUCAUCACUCUAGCAUUUGCCACAUGUCCACUAUAACAAACGUCAAAGUAGUUUAGAAACACGUCUAUUUGAUCAAAACAUGUUGAGACUUGUCACAUUUGAGAAGGCAGUAUAUCCAAGAGGAGGUAGAUUAGCCUAAUUUCUUAUGUUACAAAACAGAAUAACAAAGAAGUCUAUAUUUCUUUUCUCAAUUUACAAAGCCUAAUUUAGUGCAAAAAUGUUGUAUUAUCAUCUAAUGACUAUAGAAAUAAUAUUGCUGCGGUUUCUCUGAGAUGGGUAAAUUCUAAAUCAUGCAGAGCUAAGUACACAAUGCUCGAGUCAUUUUGCCUUGUAACUUAACAAAGCUCUCUCUCAGAGUCGUCUUCUCUUGAGAAUUUUGUACGAGUAAGAGAUGGAAAACCAAACAUCAUCUUUAAUUGAGUAAAUUCAGUAAGUAAAAGUAGAUAAAAUGGUUGGUGCAAUGGUGUUUAGCGAUUUUGGAAUAUGAGGGCUUGUGUUGUAAUUGAGAUGCAACCACUGGAA